AUGCUUGCUUAUCCAGUCACUGCACAAACGGCAGAGUUUCAGCGACGUUGGUAUCGUGUUAGAGAAAAAGUAGCAUCGAAAAUUGACUUUAAAAUUAGUGAAAAAAGGCCCUUUGACGUGGCAGCGCUGGAUCAAGUGGUACAGUGCAUGAAUGACCCUAAAAGCCCACACCAGCGAGUGGCCAACCAGAUCAUGGUGGCAUUACAAGAGCAUCAAGACUCGUGGACGCGCGCGUCUGACAUUUUGGAGCAGUCAAGUAGUAUUCAGACCAAAUUUUUUGGACUACAGAUUUUAGAGGAUGCCAUCCGUUAUCGCUGGAAGAUCCUGCCUAAGGUCCAACGUGAAGGCAUCAAGAGCUACAUUGUCGGCAAGUUGUUGUCGAUGUCGUCAGAUGAGUCAACGUUACACAGCCAGCGAAUGUUCGUAAACAAGAUGGACCUCGUGUUAGUGCAGGUGUUGAAGCACGAAUGGCCGCAAAACUGGCCUUCGUUCAUUACGGAUAUCGUCAACUCGAGCAAGACGUCUGAGAUAAUGUGCGAGAACAAUAUGACAAUCUUAAAGCUAUUGAGUGAAGAAGUGUUUGACUUUUCUAAGGACCAGCUGACGGAACAGAAGACCAAGACGCUAAAGGAAAGCCUGAACCACGAAUUUACCCAAAUUUUUCAGUUGUGUGAAUUUGUACUGAACAAGUCGACUCACGUCCCGCUUCUCCAGAUUACGUUACAAACGCUGCUGCGUUUCUUAAGCUGGAUUCCCCUUGGGUUUAUCUUUGAGACGGAUCUUAUCCAGAUCCUUGUUACAAAGUUUUUGGCAACGAAUGUGUUUCGGAACGACACUAUCAGUUGUUUGAGCGAGAUCGCUCAGCUGAGCGAUGUCCCUGAGCAGUAUAACAGCGUUUACGUUCAGUUGUACAUGGGUGUACUGAAUGAGGUGGGCAAAAUCCUGCCGCCUGGUAGUUCAUUUGCUCCUUUUUGGGAACAGGACGAGGUGUUCGUUCAGCGUUUGAGUAUCUUCUUCACGAGCUUUUUUCGCUUCCACAUCCAAGUUAUCGAGCGACCAAUAUCUGCUCCAGGCGAUGAGGCUCACCAAGCGCUACUAGCAGGCUUCACAUACCUUGUGUGUAUAGCUGAGGUAGAUGAUGAUAGCAUUUUCAAGAUCUGUUUGGACUACUGGCAUUUUUUUACGCGAGAUUUGUACACGGUUGAUCAAAAUCAGAUGAAUCCGCUUGCAGGCUUUCAAAAUCAGACACGCAGCCGACGUGACCUUGUGUCACCUGUUAUGAAUCGUGUACGCCACGUCAUGAUCUCGAAGAUGGUAAAACCGUCUGAAGUGCUGAUCGUAGAAGACGAAAAUGGCGAAAUUGUGCGCGAGACGACCAAGGACACAGAAGCACUGUCGCAGUACAAGACGAUGCACGAGACUCUUGUGUAUCUGACACACUUGAACUAUGACGACACGGAGACGAUCAUGCUGGAAAAGCUUACUGCUCAGGUCGAGGGCACCGAGUGGUCAUGGAAUAACCUGAACACGCUGUGCUGGGCAAUUGGAUCGAUUUCGGGCGCAAUGAGUGAAGAGAACGAGAAGCGUUUCUUGGUCACUGUGAUUAAGGAUUUGCUGGGGUUGUGCGAGAUGAAGCGUGGCAAGGACAACAAGGCUGUCGUUGCUUCUAACAUUAUGUAUGUUGUUGGCCAGUACCCGCGCUUUCUGCGUGCACACUGGAAGUUCCUGCGCACUGUCGUGAACAAGCUAUUUGAGUUUAUGCACGAGCUUCACCCUGGUGUACAAGAUAUGGCAUGUGAUACGUUUCUUAAAAUUUCGCAAAAAUGUCGGCGUAAGUUUGUCGUUCUGCAGUGUGGUGAAACUCGCCCGUUUGUAGAAGAGCUUCUCGAGGAGCUGCCUCGUAUUGUGUCGGAUUUGGAAACUCACCAGGUGCACACGUUUUACGAGGCUGUGGCAUCUAUGCUUGCUGCCGAAAAUGAUGCUGGCCGAAAGGAAGUGCUUCUUGGUCGCUUAAUGAAUCUUCCAAAUGAGGCUUGGAAGUCCAUCAUGUCCCAAGCAGCUCAAGAUGUGAGCAUUUUGUACGACAGCCGAGGCAUUAAAGAGAUUGUGAAAAUUAUUCGGACGAACGUAAAAGUGUGCAAGGCUAUCGGACCCAAUGGUUUUAACUCUCAAAUGGGCUACAUUUUUCAGGACAUGCUAAACGUUUACGUGGCGUACACGCAGCGCAUUGCAACGAUGGUUGAGCAAGGUGGAGAGAUUGCAGUGAAAACGUCGGAAGUGCGCUCGCUGCGUAGUGCCAAAAAGGAAAGCUUGCGCCUGAUGAAUGCGUUCGUGGAGCACACAGCGGGCGAUGACUCUGCGCGACACUUCGUGGCCACUCACUUUCUGCCUAAGCUUUUGGAGACUAUUCUUUCGGACUACCAGAGCACAUCUCCCGCGGCAAAAGAAGCAGAGGUGCUUAGUUUGCUUGCAACUAGCAUUAAUAAGCUCAAGAAUAUCAUCGCGCCCACAGUGCCCAUGAUCCUGGAAUCUGUAUUUGAGUGCACACUCCAAAUGAUUACAAAAAACUUUGAGGAUUUUCCAGAGCACCGCAUGAACUUUUUCAAGCUGCUGCAGGCUGUAAAUGACUUCUGUUUUGAAGCGCUGUUCAGUAUUCCUCAAGAGCACCAAAAGCUGGUUGUGGACUCGAUAAUUUGGGCUUUCAAGCACACGGAGCGCAACGUUGCAGAUACGGGUCUUGCUACGCUAUUUGCUCUGCUACUAAACAUUCAAGAAAACCCUCAGAUCGCAGCAGGUUUCUACCGUUCGUUUUACCUGCUGUUGUUGCAGGAUAUUUUGGCCGUGUUGACCGACCGUCUUCACAAGUUUGGCUUUAAGUUGCACGCGGCUAUCUUGCGUCACAUGUUCUCCAUCGUGGAAAACAACCACGUGACUGUGCCUUUGUGGGAGUCUGUGCCUAACUCGGAUGUCGCGCUUCAGGCGCCUUUGCUCAAAAGUUACGUGGCUAACCUGAUCGGCUCGUCGUUUCCGAACCUAUCCCAUGCCCAAGUGGUAGAGUUUGUAGUUGGCUGUUUCGACAUGUCAAAAGACCUGCCGGCAUUCAAGAAGCACUUGCGUGACUUUCUCGUCAACAUCAAGGAAUUUGCUGGAGAGGACAAUGCAGAUCUGUUUUUGGAAGAAAAUCUUGCUCGGACCCAACUGCAGGAGAAACAGGAAUUGGCCGCGAAGCUGGCAGUGCCUGGUCUAGUGAACCCCAACGAACGCCCGGAUGAGAUGGCCGAUCUGUGA